AUGUACGGAUGGGGUGCGGGGAAGGGGGCGAGACAAGAGGGCUGGGGAAGAAGAAACCUCCAGGGUCAAAAUGACAGCGGAACGCGCCGGGAGAGGAGAGAGGCCCGGCAGGAUGCUGGGGGUCGAGCCCUAGGCCCCGGGGCUUCCGGCCCCGCUCGGGGGCGACCGAGGGUCCGAGCCGCGCCAGGCCGCGAGCCGGAGGCCCCGGGCCGCGUCGGCGGCGCCGCCCGGCCACGCUCACCACCUCACCAUUCUCCCCGCCCUGGGGCGGAGGGGCGGCGAGAGGGGGCCCCGGCCGCCUCCAGCGUCCGGGGCGGGAGCACUCACUUACCGGCGGGGAGGGGAGGAGCAGCCGGCGUCUCCUCCAGCGCCGUCGCUCGCGCUCAAGCGCCGGCUCCUGGCGCUGCGGCCGCCGCGCCCGAUCCAUCCCCCCCACCCCGACCUCCCCCCCUCCCAGCCCUCCCCCCGCGCCGCCUCAGCCGCCGCCGCCUCAGCCGCCGCCGCCUCAGCCACCGCCGCCUCAGCGGCCCCCUCAGCCGCCGCUAUCGCCGCCAGAGUCCCAGCGCGGGAGCGCGAACCGGCGCUAGGAGGCGAGAGCGCGCGCGCGCGCGCCCCGCCGGCCGCCGCCACCCACAACCUCCGCCCCCGGCCGGCGGCGCACGCGCGGGAUGGAGGCGGGCGCGCGCACGCCACAGGAGGGGGCGGGGACGGCCCCCGGAAGGCGUGGCCCCGCCCACCCACGCGGUCGCUGGGCAGCGGGCUCCUCGGCGGCAGGUGGCCAGCGGGCUGAUCCAGGUGCGCUCUCCACCGCCACGGCUCCGGGAACCGAGUUCCUCCGACCUGGCCCGGCUUUCUGAGAGCGAAGGUUUGAGCGAAUUUUUGGCAGUCGCUCCGGGUCCCUCACCUGUUAAUGCCUACCUUCAGUCGAAGGCCUUCUCUCCUCCCCGGAUCCAGCAGGGUUUCGGCCGCUGCUGGCAAAAGGGCAUAUACCGUGAAGAAAAUGAAAAGGCAAGCCAUAGACGGGAAGAAGGUAUUUGGAAUACAAUAUAUUUGACAAAGACUUGAAUCCAGAAUAUAUAAAGAACUCUUAUAAAUGAAUAAGAUUAACAACCUGAAAAAACUACAGGCAAGAGAUUUUACUAAACACUUCACCAAAGAAGAUAUAAAAAUGGCCAAUAGCAACAAAGCAGUGCUCAGUAUCUUUAGUCAUCCAGGGAUCUGCAAACUAAAACCACAAUAAGAUGGCUCUGCACUCUCAUUACAGUAGCUGAAAUGAUAAAAACUGAUGACCCAGCAACCACAUUCCUUCACAUCUCCUUAACUAUACUUAAGCUCCAAAUAAAGAUAAUAACAAAGUCAUACUUCCACCUAAUAUGAUACGACUCACCUGCAUACAACCAAAACACCACAACACUUUCCACAAAAGAGGAAGCAAACUUUCUGAGUGAUACUCCCUUUCUGCUUUUGACAUCCUGUAACUUAAUGCUGUGAUAUAAACUUAAGUAAAUUAUUACUGCAUCUCCA